AUGGGGAGCACGCUGGCGCUCUUUUGGGGCCUCGCAGGCGUAGACAAAGAGGCGCGUAUCGACGCGUCCGAUGCGCUCGUUCAGGCCCUUUUGGCACAUCACGAUGACAGUGCCGAGGCGCCUCUCCCGGAAGAAUAUGCGGUCGCUGACCCUUGCGCUGUGAGCGACCAAGAGGCUAGCGCGGCCGAGCAGCGCAUCGACCAGUACAACUCGUCGGAAGUGGGCUAUGCUUUGCGCCGCCUCGUGCGGGGUCUCGCGAGUCCGCGCGAGAAUGCACGCUCGGGAUUCGCGGUGGCGCUCGCCGAGCUUCUCUCACACCUGCAGUCGGUCAGCGCACAGGAUAUCCUCGUCUUGCUGCUCAAGCACACCGCUGUGCACGGCAGCAUGAACGGACAAGAGGUGCGCGACGUGCAGUUUGCACGCCUCUUUGGCAUCUACGCCCUGGUGCGCUCGGGGCUCGUGUACGGCGCAGGCUCGACGCUCGGCACGUUUGAACGCUGCUUCAACGUGCUCCUCGCGAUCGCCGCGUACAAGUCGUGGCUCUCAGAGUCGUGCGGGUUUGCGCUGGUGCAGCUCCUCGAGCCGCUGGGCGUCAACAACGUGCAGCGCCCAGAGUGGGCGCAAGAGGCGCUAGAGUGGGCGGCGCAGCGCGUCUGCGCGACGCAGCACCUCUCGCCCGAGCUCCUGGCGCUGCUGAUCACGCUCCAGCGCGUCGACCCGAGCCUCGGGCUCGACGCGCGCGUGCCGUCGCCGCUCAAGAGCGCAAAUCUCUUGGCGCCGAACAACCUGCCGGCCGUCGCACGCACGCUGCGCGAGGCCACGCCGCUCUCGCUCGACGCGGACGGCGCGCCGCCCACGGGCGGGACGUGGCACACGACCCUCCCAUUCGUGUGGGACCUCUUGCUCGACGCAUACUUUGCCGGCACCGCGCCGUCGGGCGCCGCGCCGUUUGCCGACUUUUUCCGCAUCGCCGUCGACGAGUCGCUCUUUGCGAACCAGGCGUCGCCGGAGCGCAAGUCGUGGGGGUUCCAGGUCCUGCACCGCACGCUGCAGCGCGCGCCCGCCGACCUGCUUCCGUUCCUCUUCACGCCGAACCUGAUGCGGACGUGGAUCAACCAGCUCACGGAAAAGAACCGCCUGCUGCACUCGAUGGCGCAAAAGACGGUCGCAUUUGUGAGCGACGCAGUGAAGCGCAACCCUACCGCGGGCCUUGCGCUCGUGACGCAGCUCCUGGGCGAGCACGGCCGCCAAAACUUUGACAAGGUCACGCAUACCAAGACGAUCGAGUCGAUUCUGUCGUCGCUCGACGAGUCGGGCAUCCAGCGCUACCUCGCUUAUCUGCGCAGCAUCGCCUAUGCGCCGACCAACCAGGACGACGCAAAGCAUACCACGACGCAGCGCCAGUGGGUGUGCGACCAAAUGCUCGCACUCGUGCGCAGCUCGCUCGUGCCCAAGUCCACCGCAUGGAUCAAGGACGUGCUCGUGUUCCUCGCGGGCUUUGGCUUCUUUGCGGUGGCCAAGGCGCCGAGCGCCCCGUGGAGCCCGGUGCUGGAGCUACCCCAGGUGCCGUUCUCGGAAGAGAUGCAGGCGCUGUGCCGCCUGCGUCUCCAGGCAUGCCUCACCGAGCUCAAGAACGCCGAGGUGAACGGCCACCCGUGGAUCCUCGAAGUGCACGACAUCCUCAGCAAGAUGGCCAAGGACAAGGCGUUCCGCGGCAUUGCGCUGCCUGUUGCCCAGGAGCGUGUGGACGCUGCCUCGACGACGCUCCGUGCGCUCGCCAAGGCCGCCGCGAAAGAGUCCAAGCCCGAGCAGCUCGCCAAGAUCCGCGCGGUCGAGACGCUGCUUGCGGCCGUCAUGCUCGUCUCGUACGAAGACACGGACGAGUCGCCGGACCUCGUCGACUCGCUUGUCGACGUCUCCAAGCUCCUGUUCCUGGAGAAGAAGAAGGGCAAGACGGGCUCGGUGAGCCCCAUGGAGAUGCUCAUGGACGUGCUAAUCGGCCUCUUGGAGUUCUCGUCGUCGUUCCUGCGUGCCGUGGCGAGCCAGGCGUUUGUCGCGUUCAGCGGCUCGCUCAAUGCCGAGAGCUUGGACCAUCUGAUUGAUCAGUUGGGCCUGAAUGCUCCCGAUGCGGACGAGGACGAAGACAUGGAUGAGGACGACGAAGAGGACGAGGAGGCCGUGGACGAGGACGACGAUGACGAUGACGUGGACGAUGACGACGAUGAUGACGAGGACGACGACGAAGAGGACGAUGCCGACGCCGAUGCUGAAGUCGACCCCAUCCUCCGCUCCAAGAUUGAAGAGGCCUUCCGCGACAAUGGCAUGGCCGAAGAUGACGACGAGGAAGAAGAGCUCUUUGACGACGACCAAAUGGCGCAGCUCGACGACAAGCUUGCCGAGAUCUUUGUGCAGCACUCGAGCUCGAAGCGCAAGGAGCGCGAGGCGAUCCAGCGGGACACGGCGCUCUUCCACAACAAAAUCCUCGACCUGCUCGAGAUCUACGCAAAGGAGCAGAGCGCGAGUGUGCUGCUCGUGCGCCUUGCUGCGCCGCUCUUUGCGCUCGCCAAAGGCGCCGGCGACGUGAGUCAGCAAGUCGCGACGCGCGCGAGCCAAGUGCUGCGCAACCGCAUCUGCAAGUCAAAAGACCAGCCUCGUGGCGAGUUGGACGAGGAGCUGGUCCACGAUGAACUGCGUGCUAUGCAUGCCUACGUGCGUGCGUCGCAGGACGCCUCGCUUUCCGAGCUCGCUGGUCUUGUGAGCCAGUUCUAUACCAAGGUGCUCCUGCGCAACAGUGCCUCUGGCGUGCGUAUUCCCCUGGCGCUCUACAAGGAGACGCUGAGCGACUUUUUGCAGCGCAAGGCGUCGCCUGUCCGCCCCGCGUUCCUUCUGGACGCGAUACGGCGCUUCCCCGAGCUCGGGUGGGCGCUGCGCGAGGCGCUGCUCGACGGCAGCCGCGAGAACAAAGCGGCGCGUGCCUUCCGGCAGAUGCAGGCGCUGUCUAUGCUGCAGGUCGUUCUGCAGCAGCAGCAGCAGAAGGACACCCGCCAGGCGAGCGCCGAGGAGGUGCUUGCGUUCCUCGCCGAGGUGCGCAGCAUGGCCCUCGACAUUGUGCGUGCGGCCGCGACGAGUGACGCUCUCAACGCCCAGCGCCUCAAGGAGGUGCUCCGCUUUGCGCUGCAGGCGGUACGUGUGACGGUGCGUGUUGCGGAUGCUACGGACGACUCUGCGGCGCACGUCGCCCAGUGCUGGCCGCUGGACGAGCUGCGUGGUGCGCUCGAGGCGCUGCAAAGCGCCGAGCGCUUCCAGAGCUCAACGUCGCUGCACGGCAUGCUGAAGGAAAUGACCGCGGUCGUUUCCCGCGCCACGCAGACCGACGCCAGUGCCCCCAAGCCCAAGAAGCGCGCCGCGCCCACAGAAAAGGCCGAGGCCCCACCUGCGGCGCCGGCCAAGAAGACGGCCAAGAAGGCCAAGGCGAAGCGCCUGUAG